AUGGCGGUGGUUUUGCUGAAUCUUCUUAUAUGUGUCUCCCUGUUCUACACGGUGUACUAUGUGUCUCUGAGCAUGUGCUGUGUGACACUCAAGGUACAUGAGUUGGAUAUCCUGGCACUGUUUGAUUUCAAAACAAAUCCCUCGUGGCUCAACACAAAUUAUAAAGUUAUUUUAGUCUCAACAGAAGUCACCUACUUUGUUUGUGGAUUGCUUUUCGUUCUGGUUGUGGAAGAAUGGGUUUGGGAUUACGCUAUCUCAGUAACUAUUCUUCAUGUUGCUAUCACUUCAACUGUUAUGUUGGAAUUCCCUUUGACGUCACAUUGGUGGGCUGCUUUAGGUAUAUUGGAAUUACUCCAGUUUAGAUUCUCUAAGGCAUAA